AUGCUAGGCUUCGGGCAUCUCGACUUUCGUGGGACGUUCAACAAGCGAUUGACCACUGCCGUCUUGUUGAUCACCAUCUCACAGUUCAAUUUUGGUUUCGACCAACAAGGCUUCGCCGCCACCCAGGCCAUGACUGCCUUUGACAAGCAGUUUGGUCAUUGGGAUGAAGCGAAGCAAGACUAUGUGCUGGAUACCGUCUGGCUAUCCUUUUUCAACGGAUUCAUCUACCUCGGCCAAGCCACUGGCGUUCUGGCUGGUAGCUGGAUUAGCAAGCGGUAUGGCAGGAGAAUGUGCAUGUUUACCAUGAGCAUCUGGGCGUUGGUCGCGGCCACUAUUGUUAUCACUUCUCGCACACCGACCCAGAUCCUGGUCGCUCGUGUUCUCAAUUAUAUUUAUAUCGGCAUGGAACUGGCGGUAGUUCCUGUAUUCCAAUCCGAAAUAACCCCCAAGCAUGCUCGAGGCUUUGUUGUCGGAACCUACCAGAUCAGUUUAUUUAUUGGUGGGUUGACCAUGAACUGUAUUGCUCGCGGGACCAGCACCUUAUCUGGCCGUCAGGCAUACAUGAUCCCGUAUGGUCUGUUCUAUGUUGUCCCAACUUUCAUCAUAUGUACGAUAUGGUUUAUUCCCGAGUCCCCGCGAUGGCUCGUACUCAAGGAUCGAAAGGCCGACGCCCUCGCCUGUCUACAAGAGCUCCGAGUCGGAAAGUACACCGAGGAACAGAUCGAAGAAGAGUACCGUGGCAUCGUGGCGGUCGUCGAGCAAGAAUAUCAGACGAAAACUGGUUCCUUUUUGGACAUUUUUAAGCCGCAGCAUCGCACGCGUACCAUGGUCGUGACAGGUGCCAACUUCUUCCUGCAGUCCACUGGGCAGAUUUUCACAUCCAUCUACGGCGCACUUUACGUCAAGUCCCUUGGAACCAUAAACCCAUUCAAUGUUACAGUGAUAAUCGCAGUCGUCAGCACUUGUACGUCGCUUCUGGCCAUGGUUAUGACGGACAAACUGGGCCGAAGAUUCCAAGUGCUUUUGGGUGCCUCUGUCCAAGUGUCGGCUCUAAUGACCAUGGGUGGCCUCGGUACUAUCAGCAACCCAUCUAACGAGAUCAAAGCCGGCAUCGUGUCCAUGAUGGUGAUAUUUACUUUUGGUUACGCUGUAGGAUGGGCCCCCACAGCGCAUAUUCUCAGCGCAGAGAUUCCCGCACUGACUGUUAGAGAUAUGACUUAUCGGUCCGCCUCGGUUCUCAAUAUCGCUACACAAUUUGUCGUGUCGUUCUCCCUUCCGUAUCUACUAAACAAACCCUAUGCAGCUCUUGGGUCUCGCGUUGGAUUCAUCUUUGGUUCAAUUUCAGUCUGCUCCAUUCUUUUCGCAUAUUUCUGCGUUCCAGAUGUAUCUGGACGCUCUCUAGAGGAAAUUGACCAUCUUUUUGCGUCCAGGUUGUCGCUGAGAAAGUUCAAGGGGGCUACAGUGGAAGCUGAGCAGGAACCGCGGGACGGCAAGGACAUUGAAGCUGAUGUGGUUGAUGUUGGGAUUGGCAGCAAGUAG